CCGUUAGUCGCCAAGAUAAGUCUGGUAACCAGCCGGUAACCAACCAGGAAGAGCCUCCAUCAGGAUCAGUCUCAGGACAUCGAGUACCAUCACCGAUCGAUUUCGAAGACAUUCUCGACACCUAUUUAGUCACCAACCAACCGGUCACCAACCAGGAAGAGCUUUCAUCCGGAUCAGGCUCAGGAUUAAUCAGUCAUCAAGGACAACGUAAUGUAGAGGAGCCAGAGCCAGGAGCAACUGACCAGAACCAUACCAUACCAGUUGUUGCCAGAGCACUUAACUUGAUAACUGAUACCUUUGAUGCCUUGGAUUUUGGAAGUUUGGUAGCAGAACCCGUCAAUACCAUCGGCGGUCGUCGCCAUUUGGUCGAGGAUCCGGUCUUGUCUGAAAUAGUGCGUCAGGAGAUCCAUCUUCAACGGCUCGAAGACGAGGGGCAGCCUGAACAGGAAGACACUAGCAGUGUUAGCUCUUUGAGCUCAUUAUCCAUCCAACCCAACCCAACUAGCAGCGGUGUCUCGUCAUUGGCAACAAAAUCCACCCAGGAUAUCUUGUGUGAGGAGGUGCGUCAGGAGGUGCUCGCUGACCUGAUCGGAGUCGAAGAGGCGGAGAGUCUUGAACCACAACCAGGAAACCAAGAGGUCUGGUGUGAAGAGGCGCGUCAGGAGAUCCUUGCUCAACUAGAAGCAGGAUAUAACGAUUGGUCCACAGAGGCGGGCCCCUCAUUCUCCUCAAAUAACGAUAGCUACUCCCAAGAAGACGAGAGUUCUCAACAACAUGCAUCCUAUUCCGACUCAGCACCGAAUUCUUCUUUUCAAUCAGUCGAGGACGUAGAUUUGCCUUUAUAUGAGGAUCUUUUGAGAUAUUUAGAAGCACAAAACGGCGAAUCUACCCAAGACUCGGGUAUCAUUGUAGACUUUCUUGAUUUAACCGAAUCUGUACCUCAAGUAUUGGAAAAUAUCGAUCUAGCCAUCCCGCAAGAACAAGGAGAGUUGGAUGAGGUAGAUGAGGAACCAAACGUAGAUUUACCCAAAGCCGAAGAGCCAAAUAAACCAGAUUCUCCAAAGAAAGCUGACCAACCGAAAGAGAAUCGCAAGAAGACUUCUUCAGCCCAAAAGAGGAAGAUUCUGGAUGACUCUGUGAUUGCGAAGCGUCCUAAGUAUAAUCAGAAAGAGACCGAGGCUGACCAAGUCUCUAAAGAGCGUCCAGGACAUCAGAACGAAGAACAGGAGCGCCCUGAACAAGGUCCAGAACAUCAGCCAUCUGAAGAACAAAAUCAGUCGCAAGAGGGUCCAACUGAGAAUAGCGGAUCACUUCCAGAUCCUAACCAGAAGCCAGAGGCCGAAAUACGUCGCAAACAUCCCCGGAAGUCGUCGGCAGUUACUGUGAACUACGGCAGGGACGCGGUCAGUAGAAGCGACACCUUCGAUAGUGACGACGACGACGACGAUCAACCACCGCCAAAGGCGCCAGUGUAUUCCACUGGCUGGGUGAACGUUGUAUUCAAUAACACCAGCUUCACAGGUCCUGUUCUUGACAAGCUACCGACACUCUGGAAAGCGAUCGAUGAGGUAAAGUCCCAGAAUCAGAAGAAUCGAACCAUUUCGUUGGAGGACAAUAAGCGUCAUCUCAGGAAGGAGACGGAAGCAGCGAUAGUGGCAUAUAAGGAGCGCCAGGCAGCACUUCGCCGGGUAGCCAGUAAACGGCAGCUCGAGGAGCCCACUGGGGAUUCGGGCAAAGUAACCCAACACGCCGUUCAAAUUCCACGAUUGUCGGGCUACACAGGCUUCGGUAUCUAUAAUCCACCACCGGCCCUGGAAUACGAUCAGCAGUUGCGCCAUCUAACCCCCAAGCAACUGGAGCUUCAGCAGCGCUACCGCAAGCAGCAGGAAGAACUGUGGAUCAGGCAACAGGAGGUCGAUAAAAAGAGAGCUGAGCACCAAAAACAGAAAGAGGAGGAGGAGAAGGAAAAGGUGCGUCUGAAGAAGCUGGAAUUGGACAUUCAGCGCCAGCUACGAUUGCAGCAGGAGCAGUACCAGCUAAAGCUUAAGGAGGAGGAGGAGCUGCGGGUGAAGCAGCUAGAUCCCAACUAUAAGCCGCCAAUUAAGGUCACCAAGGCCGAGUUGCUGCGCCAGAAGAUCCAACGAAACAAACAGAAAAAGGAGGAGGAGAAGCGCCAGUUCCGGGAGCAGCAACUUGGGCUGCAGAAGCAGCAACCGUCCAAGGAGCUGAUGCAAAACGAUAUGGUCAGCAUACCGGCAGCCAAUAUGAACGGUGGCUUGAAAGCGGCCAGUGCCGGAUCGGCUGUGGUUACCGCCAGCGGAGUACCCUCCUCGGUGCUGGCCAACGCACCGCGCGUCUUCCUCACCAAUGCCUCGUCGGCAUUCAUGGUCGGCAAUCGUACCGGCUCGGCCACAGUUACAGCCACUGCCACGGCGGCCUCAUCAUCGACCGGAUCGGCGGCAGGUGCUGUUCGUUACUUUUCGCAAUUUGGAAAAAUCCAAAAGUCCCCCAAUCUUGAUACUAUCCUAAUGGCCAAUGGCAUUGGUACGCCCAUCAAAACGACCAACGGCAGCCUCAACACUACUACCCUGUUGACUUCCAACAAAAUGGAUUUCCUGGACAGUGAUGCCGAUCUAAGUACUGUGAUCAUCGAGGAGCCGGAGAGCGAGGAUAGCCGCAAGUCGGCCGCCUCCGAUCCAUCCUCACAGCAGCAGCAGCAGGAGUUGCAGCUGGAGAAGAAGUCGCUGAACCCAGAGGCGCAACCGAAACCGGACGAGCCUUUGGAACUCACCCAACUUAGCAAUUCGAAUUCGGACACUGCUGCCCCUGGCCAGGCGGCUGGCCCUGACGAGCCCCAGCCCGAACUGGACAUUGUCAUCAACAAUGUGGUGUGCUCCUUCAGUGUGCGCUGCCACCUGAAGCUGCGUGACAUCGCCCUGAAUGGCGCCAAUGUGGAGUAUCGUCGGGAGAACGGUAUGGUUACCAUGAAGUUGCGUCAUCCCUAUACGACAGCCUCGAUCUGGUCCUCGGGAAGGAUCACCUGUACCGGUGCCACCUCAGAGCCAAUGGCCAAAGUUGCAGCACGUCGGUAUGCCCGGUGCCUGGGAAAACUGGGCUUUCCCACACGCUUCCAGAACUUCCGGAUUGUGAACGUCCUGGGCACCUGCAGCAUGCCGUGGGCCAUCAAGAUUGUCAACUUCUCGGAACGUCAUCGUGAGAAUGCCAGCUAUGAGCCGGAAUUGCAUCCGGGCGUUACCUACAAAAUGCGCGAUCCCAAGGCCACCUUAAAGAUCUUCUCCACCGGCAGUAUCACAGUGACAGCGGCUAGUGUCAAUGAUGUGGAGGCGGCUAUCCAGCAUAUUUAUCCGCUCGUUUUCGAGUUCCGGAAACAACGUUCGGCCGAGGAAUUGCUACAUCUCCGCUCGAAACAACGGAAUUUGGUUGGUGCCGAUCCCUCGGAACUCGAGGAGCUGAUCAUAAACGAGAACAAGGUGGCUGGUGAUAACAAUAUCUUUGUGAACACCCAGCCGGCCCACGGGAAGUCUGAAUCGUCGACAAGUGCCACGGCACUGUCCACCUCCUCGAUCAACAGUGUCCAGCGCUUGAAACAGUUCGAAAACUAUGUCCAUGUGGUCAACCAGACGCAGGACGAGCGUCGCCACAUACCCUUCCAGGGUGACUCAUCCGCCAAGUCGUCCUCAACGGCGGCGGGGACAGCCUCGUCAUCCUCUACCGGGGACAAUAUUUGUGCCAAUGCCCGUCGCCGGGCCACCGAGUGCUGGGCCAGCAAGCUGCAGAACAAGCGGACGCGCUACAACAACAUAGCCCCUACCGAGCCGGCGACAUCGUCCUCCGGCACUGCCGUUGUACGCAAUCCUCUCAAGGCCGCCGCUCUGGCGAACGCCAAGCCGCGCAACGCUACUGGCACCAGCGGCAAGAUUCCAGUGAGCCAAGUCCUCAAGCAGAGCAGCUCCCGGGCGCGGAAUGCCCAUUUGCAGCAGCAACAGCAACAGCAGCAGCAACAACAACAUCAACAGCAGCACCUGGAACAGCAGCAGGUUGUCCAGGUUGUCCAGUGUCCGAAGGUGCGGUCCUCACCCGCCUUCGAGCCCACCGACUUUGAGAUCGAUGAUCUGAUCGAGGAGGAGGAGACCAAUGAGUUCGGCCUGCCCUACUAACGGGGGACGAUUGGAUGAGGAUGAUGACGAUGAUGAGGAUCGAAGACCAUAUCUCUGUUGCCUAUGCCAAAAAAUAAUUAAGCGAGUAGUCAGUCGGAAGCAAGAUUAGAGGAGAAAGAGAAGCAGAAUCGGAAGAGAAAGAGAGAGAGAAAACCAAAAACCACACACAGCCACGCCCCUUUCGAGAUGGGUAGGGGGCGUGGUGGACUUCAAAAACCUUAAACACAAAAAAAAAGAGAAUUUUUUACGUUGGUUUAUUCUCUUUUUUUUUUUAUUCUUGUUCCGAUACAUUUUUUUUUUCAAUUCCUUGUAUUUGUUGAAUUUAAAAAACGAAUCGGAAAACACUGAAAAAAAUGAUACACUGCGAAAGGCAACAAUUAUCCAAAGCAACACUAAUUCAACCCAAGCAAUAUGCAACAAUCAAGAAACAAGCAAAGCAGCAACAAAUAACAACACGAGCCAAAUAUUUAAUAUUUAAGAUUUACGUUUAAGAAAGCACACACCCGCUAAUAUUCUAACGCCACGCCCACACCUCAAACAAAGCAACAACGAGAUGUCAACAAUCGUUUACCAAAACGGAACUGAUCUUUUGAAGGAACAAGAACCUUGAUGCAUAAAACCAACCUACACAUACAUCAAAACCCGCUUCACGGAAUAGGAAUACGUAAGCCAAAUAAGAAGGACUCUACGUAUUGACCAAGAGUUGAGGAUAAACGCUUUUUACACAUAUACAUAUAUACAUAUUUUUUUUUUGGUUGUUUAUUUCCUCUAUUGGUUGAGCCAAAACCACCGCCUAAUGAAAUACUGUAAUUGAAACGAAUAAUAAUAAUAUAACAAGAACAUAAUAUCCCAAUAAUGUUGGGAUAUUAUUAUAAAAUAUAUAUAUAAUUAACAAACACAAUUUACCUUAAUUUUAAUUUAAUUUUUGUAAUUUAAAUUUCGAGGCGAAAUUGCCACACACACAUUAUGUUUUGGAGUCGAGUUUAGACCAAGUUCUUCCCCCAUGUAUGACCAAAAUUCUCAAGAAAGCUAAAGAGAGGAGGCCAGGGAUAGAAAUAUAUUGCGUAACGUUUACCUAUUAAAUAUUUCAUACAUUAAGUAUAUGUAUUUAUAUAUAUGUAUAAGAUUAAAAUUUUUUUGUGUCGAUUAUACUUUAUACAUUAAAACACCCAUUUACACCAAUAUCUGGUCACUUGUAAACCAAUAACAAGAAACAAACUAAUAUUAUUAAUUUAUAAAAGAAACACAAUCACACACACACACACAUUAUACAAGGCCUAUUAUAUAAUUAUAAUAAUAAAGGCGGACAAAUAAACAAACCAAUAAGAAAAAAAAAACAAAACUAUUAACUAGAAUAAGCGAAAAGAUUUGUGACGAAAGACGGUGACCCAAUUAAUUUCUAAGUGUUUAAUUCUUAAUACAAUAAGUUUAUACUACUAAUAUAUUAUAUAUAUAUUAUAUAUAUAUUAAAAUUAUAUGUAUUCAUAUUUAGACAGCGUUUUUUUUUUUUGUUUAUAUUUCGUUUUAUUUAAAAAACAAUAAACACACAUUUUUAAAGGAUAUGACCAGAGAAAGAGAACUUAAGUGUAGAUUUACAAACUUGUUCCUGUGUUGUUAACAAAAGAAAAGAAUUAAGAAGGGCCUAUGUUUUUAGUUAAAACUUAAUUAAGCAUUGCGCAUACACAUACGUAUACAAAAUAAAAAAAAACAAAACCUUAAAAACAAAAUUAAAAUCAAAUCAUAAGCAAUACAGUUGAAAGUUCAAGCAAAACCAAUACUCUAUGUGUGUCCAUAAAAAAAGAUUUAAUUUUUUUUUGGCGUGCCUCCUAAGUGCUCCCUUAAAACUAAAAUAUAAAAAAUAUAAAAAAAUAGACAAAUGUACAAUCAGUGAGAAAUAGAACUUCCAGUACAGGUACCGCCCCCCCUUCCCCCCACACACACACAACUAAAAACUAAUGUUAAAAUAUAUAAAAUGCCCUUAUUUUCACCUUAAAAAAAUUUACAUUUCUUUGUGCUUUAAUCAUAAAAACUAAGAAGAGAAAAAAGAAACAAAAAACCUUCAUAUCGUUCAACUUAUGCAUAAUCAAAACAGAAAAUAAAAUAUCAAACUUUUUUUUUUUUUAAUUAAUUUCAAAUAUUUAGUUUAUAUUUUGUUCUUUUUUUUCUAAUUUGCAAAAAAAAAAACGAAAAAAUUUAGAAAAGUAAAAGAAAAAUGCCUUUAGGGAACAAAUAAUGCGAGAUGGAUAGAGAUAGGGAUAGUUAGCGAGAAAGAGAAAGAGCCGAUCUGUAUUUUUUGUGUAUGCGAAUGUGGAUAAAAAAUAAAAAUAAAA